CCGCCGGCCCCGCGCGGGUGGCAGCGAUUGCCCGCGCUGCCUCGAGGGGGCCCUGCGGCGGCCGCGAGCCAGGAGGACGGCCCGGCCGCGCGCUGCUCGCACUGUUCGGCACCCAGCCUGCUACGCCAUCACCCCGCGGGACCACGCCGCCGCUCGCCCAGCCAGAAGAAUUAACUGCGAGUCUGCACAGUUUUAAGAACAAAGUCUUCAAAAAAGCCAAAGUCUGUGGGGUUUGCAAACAAAUUAUUGACGGCCAAGGGAUUUCAUGCCGAGCCUGCAAGCAUUCCUACCCCAGGAAAUGUGAAGCCAAGGUGGCGCUACCACUCUGUGCACAAGGCCGCCUGGAACAGGCUCCGGGAGGUGCCUCAGCGUCCACUUCUCUCUGCUGUGACAGAUCAUCCAGGCCGGCAGUGCGCGGCCCCAGCAUGGAGGACGGCCGCGAGCUGGAGCUCACCUACGUCACCGAGCGGAUCAUCGCCGUGGCGUUCCCCGCAGGCUGCUCGGAGGACUCCUACCUGCACAGCCUGCAGGAAGUGACGCGCAUGCUGAGGUCCAAGCAUGGGGACAACUACCUGGUAUUAAACCUUUCAGAAAAGAGAUACGACCUCACAAAGCUGAACCCAAAGAUUCUGGACGUGGGCUGGCCCGAGCUGCACGCGCCACCCCUGGACAAGGUGUGCACCAUCUGCAAGGCUCAGGAGUGCUGGCUGCACAGCGACCCCCAGCACGUGGUCGUCAUCCACUGCAGGGGCGGAAAGGGACGCAUCGGCGUGGUCAUAUCAUCCUACAUGCACUUCACCAACGUCUCAGCCAGUGCUGACCAGGCCCUCGACAGAUUCGCAAUGAAGAAGUAUUACGAUGACAAAGUGUCAGCUUUAAUGCAGCCUUCCCAGAAACGGUACGUCCAGUUUCUCAGCGGGCUCCUGUCGGGGACGGUGAAGAUGAACGCCUCGCCCCUGUUCCUGCAUUUCGUCAUCCUGCACGGCACCCCCAACUUCGACACGGGCGGAGCGUGCCGGCCCUUCCUGAAGGUCUACCAGGCCAUGCGGCCCGUGUACACGUCGGGGAUCUACAACGUGGGCCCAGAGAACCCCAGCCGGAUCGCCAUCGCCAUCGCGCCCGCCCAGCUCCUGAAAGGGGACGUCAUGGUGAAGUGCUACCACAAGAAGUACCGCUCGGCCACCCGUGACGUCAUUUUCCGCCUGCAGUUUCACACGGGGGCCGUCCAGGGCUACGGGCUUGUAUUUGGAAAGGAGGAUUUGGACAGUGCCAGCAAAGAUGACCGUUUUCCUGCGAAUGGGAAGAUUGAGUUAGUGUUCUCGGCCACCCCCGAGAGGAUGCAAGGGUGUGAACAUUUGUGCAACGACCCCAGCGUGAGUGUGGACUUCAAUACGGCGGACCCGCUGAUCCGCUGGGACUCCUACGAGAACCUCAGUGCGGACGGUGAAGUGCUGCACACGCAGGGCCCUGUCGACGGCAGUCUGUACGCUAAGGUACGGAAGAAGAGCGCCUCGGAUCCUGGCGUCCCAGGGGGGGCCCCAGCCAUCCCCGCCGCCAGCAGCCCAGACCACGGCGACCACACCCUGUCUGUCAGCAGCGACUCAGGCCACUCCACUGCCUCGGUGAGGACAGACAGGACCGAGGAGCACGCGGCCGUGGGACCCAAGAGGGGCCUGAGCCCCCAGGAGAAGGCCGAGUUGGACCAGCUGCUCAGUGGCUUUGGCCUGGAAGGUUCCGGAAGUGCCCUCAAGGAUAUGACCGAUGUGGGGAACAAGUUCAGUGGGACACGCCACGUCGUCCCAGCGCAGGUCCACGUGAACGGAGACGCCACGCCCAAGGACCGGGAGACCGACAUCCUGGACGACGAGGUGCCCAGCCAUGACCUGCACAGCGUGGACAGCAUCGGGACCCUGUCCUCCUCGGAGGGCCACCCGUCGGCCCCCCUGGGCCCCUUCGCCUGCCACCAGAGCAGUCACAACUCCCUCCUGUCUGACGGCUUUGGGAGCAGCACUGGAGAGGAUCCGCACGGCCCCCUCCCGCCCGACCUGGGCCUGGGCGUGGAGCCGCCGUACAGGCGGGAGCAGGCCUUUGGGACGCGCGAGCCCAAGCCGCCGCCACCCGUGCUGGGGGCGCCCUGCGUGUCCGCCCCGACGCAGGCCUACGAGCAGAGCAGCUACUCCACGCAGACCUGGGUGCGCCAGCAGCAGAUGGUGGCUGCCCAGCAGUACAGCUUUGCUGCUGACGGGGAGGCCAGGCUCGUCAGCCGCGGCCCUGGGGACAGUCCCCACCUGGCGCAGGCCCCGCCUAGGAUCCCGGUCACCCCCACCCGGGGGGCCAGCAGCAGGGUGGCUGUCCAGAGGGGUAUAGGGCCUGGGCCACAUCCCACCGACACACAGCGGCCCCCUCCCAGCAAAUCCUUCACAGCCAGGUUUCCAGACGUCGGAGUGGUGAACGGGUCGGGCCCGGAGCCCAGUGCAGACCCUUCCCCAGGCUCGCCCACCCUGGACAUCGACCAGUCCAUCGAGCAGCUCAACAGGCUGAUCCUGGAGCUGGACCCCACCUUCGAGCCCCUCCCCACCCACAUGAGCACACUAGGCAGCCAGGCAAAUGGCACCCCAACCCCGCCAGCCCCGGACGGCAUGGGAGGCGGGCUCCGGGCGAGUGGCCGCCUUCAGGACAGAGGAGGGGGCCCCGGCAGGGCCCCUGCACAGCAAGGUGACGAGCCCCUGGGCAGGAGGUUCCGGAAGCUGAGCCUUGGGCAGUAUGACAACAAUGCUGGAGGACAGCCAGCCUUCUCCAGAUGCGGGUGGGUGAGCACCACCGGAGCAGAGCAGGCCCCGAGCUUGGCAGCUUUUCUCUCUCCAGCAGAAGCCAAAGAGACGGCCAUCGCUGCAUACCCCCCAGACCUCGACGGGGUCGAUGGCAGGAUCUUCUCUCCAACCAAGAAUGGCAGUGAGCCUCUGUCCCCCACGCCAGCAUUCCCCGUGUCUCCACAAACACCGUACGUGACAACGCCCCCACACUACCCGCCGUUCAGCCCGCCUGAGCAGCAGAUGGGCAGCGCCAGCGGUCUGUACAAAGCAGCUCAUGAACCACGAGGCUGCCCUGAGGUCCUCGGUCACGCCGUGGGGAUGUCAGAGAGCCCCGUGGGAGCCAAACCUGCAGUGCUCCGGGCGGACGUGCCCACAGCGCCCUCCUUCCAGCGGGCAUUCACGUCCUCCUGCACAGUGUCCAGCAGCAGCCCCAGCCAGCGGCGGGACAGCGUGCCCUCCGCCGAGCACCAGUGGGUGGAGACCAGCCCCAAAGCCACACGGGCCCUGCUGGGGAGCAGCCGGCCCCCAGGAAGCCUUCUCUGCGCCAGCGAGUUCCCGGGUCCCAGCAAGGACGGCCCUGGCGCCGGCCGGCCGCAUCUCCUGCCUGCCGAGCUCACAGCCUCUUUCCACAGCCAUGAGCUCUCCCUGGUGGAGCUGCCGGAAGCCUUGGGCCCCCCGAGCGGCCAGGCCUUCCUGGGCCUGCCCCCCAGGGAGGACCCUGGGGCCCUGCUGGCCAGUUCCCACAGAGUGGCCCAGCCCCCCGGCACCCCGCGGACGGCAGCAGCUGCCGACAAUGGUUUCCUGCCCCACAGCUUUCUCACGGUGGCGCCUGGACACGGCGGCCACCACAGCCCCGUCCUGCAGGGCCAGGGCCUGCCCCUGCCCGGGCAGCCGCCGCUUCCCGAGAAGAAGCGGGCCUCGGAGGGGGACCGCUCCUUCGGCUCCGUGUCGCCGUCGUCCAGCGGCUUCUCCAGCCCCCACAGCGGGAGCACGAUGAGCAUUCCCUUCCCCAACGUCCUGCCCGACUUCCCCAAGCCGCCCGAGGCAGUGGCUCCUUGCCCAGAUAAUCCAGGCGAUAAGCACGUGUCCGUGAGCUUCGUGCAAGACACCUCCAGGUUCUGGUACAAGGCGGACAUCUCCAGAGAACAAGCCAUCGCCAUGCUGAAGGACAAAGAGCCGGGCUCGUUCAUCGUCAGGGACAGCCACUCCUUCCGAGGCGCCUACGGUCUGGCCAUGAAGGUGGCCACCCCCCCGCCUUCCGUCCUGCAGCUGAACAAGAAAGCUGGAGAUUUGGCCAACGAACUGGUCCGGCACUUUCUGAUCGAGUGUACCCCAAAGGGGGUGCGGUUGAAAGGCUGCUCCAAUGAGCCGUACUUUGGGAGCCUGACGGCUCUGGUGUGCCAGCAUUCCAUCACGGCCUUGGCCCUGCCCUGCAAACUGCUCAUUCCAGACAGAGACCCGCUGGAGGAAAUAGCGGAAAGCUCGCCCCAGACAGCGGCCAACUCCGCAGCUGAGCUGCUGAAGCAGGGGGCAGCCUGCAAUGUGUGGUACCUCAACUCCGUGGACAUGGAGUCCCUCACAGGCCACCAAGCCAUCCAGAAGGCACUGAGCAUCACCCUGGUCCAGCAGCCACCACCUCUGUGCACGGUGGUUCACUUCAAGGUGUCAGCCCAAGGUGUCACCCUGACAGACAAUCAGAGGAAGCUCUUCUUCCGGAGGCACUACCCCGUGAGCAGUGUCAUCUUCUGUUCGCUGGACCCCCUGGACCGGAAGUGGAUGGCGGACGGCCUUUGCUCCAGAGUCUUUGGGUUUGUGGCCCGGAAGCAGGGCAGUGCUACAGACAACGUGUGCCACCUGUUUGCAGAGCACGACCCCGAGCAGCCCGCCAGUGCCAUUGUCAACUUCGUGUCCAAGGUCAUGAUCGGCUCCCCUAAGAAGAUCUGAGCCCCUCACAGCCGGAGGUGGCAGAGGGGCUGGGCCGGCCCCGCUGUGUCACUGACUGUGGGCCUCACAUUCCUGGCCCAGGCAAAGGGGCUCCUCCCACCCCCUCCCCCAAGAGCAAGCAGUGUGUGCUUGGCAUGGUUCCAAGAAGAGCCAGGUCCACACGUCUGCUGCCCAGCACUUUCUGGGCACUGCAUCACCCACUCGGGUUGCCCGCUGGAAAGAACCGUGCGAGCAGACGUGGGGUCCCGUGCUCUUUGCACGCUGGUGUCUGGGAUGGAGGGGCGCCCAGCCCUCUCCGCCUGCUGUGGCUUCCGUCCUCCCCCAGCAGACGCCAUUAACCUGGCGAGAGGCCUGUGAAGGUGAGGCCCUUCAGGGACACUGGGCACGAGUGAGGGGACAGCUUGAGGGGCUGUCAGGAUGAGGUGUCCUCGUGGGCUGGAGAGCCCCACCUCAGCCUGGUGACUGCCCUAGCCCCCACCCCCACGUGGGGUCGGAAAGGGGUGCUGGGCCUCGAGAGGAGAACUGGAGAAGCCGGAAGUUAAAUGCCGUUUCCAUGGAAUUCCUAUUUUACUUUUGCCAAAUUAUUUAUGGUCGCGAUUUGCCACUGCUGCCCUGUGCUCUGUCCCAGUGCCACGUCCUGCCUGUGUUGGGGGCACCAGGACCGAAGGCGGCGCGGUGGACCGGCUCCCAUGCGAGGUGUCCCCAGAAGGUCCCUUUGCCUCCAGCAUCUCACCCCAACGCUUGGCCCUCGGUCUGUUGUUUCUAGGCUACAGGUGGCGUCCUUUCUGGGGAGGAAGGUUCUGGAAGGGUGGGGCAUGCUUAGGUUUGAAAGCUCCAUCCUUUUGGUCCAGGUGUGUGGGCUCCUGAGCGAGGGGAGAUGAGAAAGUGUGAGUCUCCCAGGGCCCUUGUCUGCCAGCCUCAGGCGGCACCAGGAGCUGCUGCUGUGAUCAGCAGUGCGGUGGCCCGUCGCCCGGUCCGUCGUGGUCACAGGCUUGGGAGAGCCGAUGGCCCUGCACACCCCAUCGUCCUACGUUACCGUCUCCUCCCAUGGUCUCUGGGCAUCACCGUGACGUCACCAGGCCAGGAUUUGGACGUGCGCUUUGUGCACACUCUGCUGUGUGUCAGAGACGUGGCGGGAGCGGAGCUGGCCCCGCAGGUGGCGGUGAGCGUGGUGCAUGUGGGAGCAGAUGGCUGCCCGCGUUCAGCUCGUAGCCAUGCACCAAACGCAGGCGCCUGAUUUCUGUUCUAAGCGUGUGCCUGGUCUCCGCCGACCUUUCCUGCCACAUGGUGGGUGACGGGAGAGACUGUUGGCACCUCCCAGGCCUGAGGUCCUGGUCCCUACGGGAGUUGGAGGUAUCCCCACGUGGCGCCUGAGAUAGCUGAGGUGCAGACACCCUGAGAUGGCUGACGCCACGUGUGACCCAAAGGCCAAAGGCCACAGGCCAGGCCCCUACUUUCUGACGAAGGAACGGGCGCUUGUGUAGAAAUCGGAGCGAAAGGGUGGAACGGGGAGCUCAGGCUGCGGGGACAGUAGGGGCUUCCGCGCCCACUGCAGAGCGCUCGAGGAGCCACACACUGACUGGCCUGCUGUGACCUGUCCUCUCGGACUCCAGGGCAUCAGGUUUGCUCUAAGCAGAUGGCUCCCUCGGGGGAACCGGGGAAGCCAGCCCCUGGUGUCUGAGGAGCUGGUACGUCAGCCCCGCAUCCAUGUUACGUGUUACAUGUGCAUUGCCUGGAACAAGACCACGUGACCUUGGUGCUCCCGAGAACUGCGCCCACAGUGCCACAGCCAGGGUCCCGCUGGCCCUCACUAACCACACACCGAGUCCUCCAGUGUUAACCUGUAACCAUGUUAAGUCACAGCCGUUACUGUCUCCCCGUGUACCCUCUGCACCGGAGACUGCCGCGUCUCCUCUGCCUUAACCAGUAGUGGAGUUCUUACUUUUCUUAUAUUGUAAAGACUAUAUCCAGUAUGUACAUGAAUGUUCCAUAAACCCUUUGUAUAGGCGUUUUGUCUGUCCAUUAAAUAUCAUCUCUAUCAGAGUAUAAUAAAAUAUUAACCAUG